UGCAAACCCAUUGUUGGACGUCCGGACCUUCGACCAACACAAGUCACGCGAUUUUUGGGGGGGGUCACUAGGGUGCUCCUUUAACAGAACAUUCUGCCUUAUUUACAAUCGCAGGCCACCCUGAUAAUUCCCUGUUGUGUUCACAAACAGCAUUUACUUGAUACCCUUGUGCCACUUUUUUCAGUCUAUAAGACAGACUAUAUAAGACAGCUAUAAGUGUUUCUCUAUUAUUCAACACUUGCGUAAUUCUCGCACCACUAUUGAACUGUUUAACAAUCUUCGAACAUACACUCACAAGCAGUUCUAUCGAAUACCCUGCAUGCGUGAGCCUUGUUUUCUGCCUGUUAAAUCCUUGCUUGACCUCACGUUGACACGAUCUGGAGAUGUCCUCUUUAGUCGCACGUUGUAUCACAUUUCGUUUUACAGUUUUCGAUACAUUUGACGAAGGAGGCAUACACGUUCUUUUCAUCCUUUGCUAGUAUCUCCAACAUUCGAUCUUGAUCUUUUGAAAUUAUAAGCAAUUCCAGGAAUUUUUCGUCAACCAUAUCUUCUAUGGUAACCUCUCUGUUCGUGUUUUUAGCGCUUAUAAAUGAAUGUUUUAGGUACCGUAAUUUCACGCGUAUUAGCCGCGGCUAACGCGCGAUUUCGUUUUCUCACGGGCGCUCUGCGGCUUAUCCACCGGUGCGGCUUAUCUGAUGACUGUUUUCCCCUGGUAUUUUCCCGAUGCACCGGUUUUAACGAGAGGGCGGACAGUGUCUCUGGAACAGCACCGUCCUGCCGAUGUACGAACAGUAAGUAACAGGGGCGCGUCCACAUUCGAGUAGAUUGACCUUCCCGGUGCCUCCCGCAAAGCAGCUUUAACGAAAGUGGUGACAGUGAUUCGUGUCUUCUGGAAGACCCAUGGAUCCAUGAAAAACACGCAACAAGGGCGCAAUCCGAUCUUGGUAAAACAUAGAACUGAGCUCGGAGGUGAUGGUUAAGAAAAGCCUGGUUGACCCCAUUGCGAAUGCAUGGCAGUCACCUUCCAGUGCAACGUAUUUGUGUGCUCAUCCCAUACUGCCGACUCCGGUUUUGCUUUUCUGUUCCGUGCUGUACACUGGGGAGGCAUUGAUGGGGGUAGCUAAGAAAUAGUCCAUCUUGAAAAUAAGACUGAAGUGCGGUACUCGUAACCAAAGGGAAGGCUUCCUCCGCAGGUUUGGCCUUCGUUAGUGGGGCAUGCACGUACCUGAAGACAUCUGUAGAAGAAGACAGCCCGUGGUCUUUCAACAUCGUCCGCACAAUGGCGCACGAGUUAGCGCACAACUUAGGCUGCGUUCAUGACGGGGAAGGACCAGUUCAAGGUCUCAUCGGUCAUCCCGGAGCCAUUGACUGUCCCUGGGACUGGGGUUACAUCAUGAGUUAUAUUCAGAGAGACACAAAGGAAUACCACUUCUCCCAGUGCUGCGUUGCUCAGAUCGAAUAUUUAGCCCGGCUGCCUUCACGGACAUGUUUGUCCAGGAACAACACAUACACGGAGGUGGAGGGAUCCCGAAAACUGCCUGGGUUUAUAACAACGCUGGACAGGAUAUGCAACAUCGCUCAUGCUAAGUCCGGGUACCCCCAUGUUUAUGACAGGACUAGAGAGUUCGACAGAUGUUCGAUUCCGUGCAAGAUGCAGCACGAGCAAUCGGGAUAUUAUCAGAGAAGGGCGAAAGCAGUCGACGGCACAAAUUGCUCAUCAACCGGCGACAUGAUAUGCAAACGUGGAGAAUGUGUGCCUCGAAAGACAACGGGGAAUCGACGACGUCCUAGGUCUCCUAAAGCGCAACACAAAUAAAGGAUGUUAAACUCUGAAAGAAA